AUCUAUUGGCAGGUAUUUCUAACAAUUUAUUAGAUCUGCUAUCAAGGCUGACCAACUUCAUGCCAGUUAAGGUUCUUUCCGGUGAAGUUUUUGACAGAACCACAUCAAUAAAAUGGCCAAGCGCACCAAGAAGGUUGGAAUCGUAGGUAAAUAUGGUACCCGUUAUGGUGCCUCCCUACGUAAGAUGGUGAAGAAAAUUGAAAUCACCCAGCAUUCCAAGUACACCUGCACAUUCUGCGGCAAGGAUGCCAUGAAGCGUGCUUGCGUUGGAAUUUGGUCAUGCAAACGAUGCAAGCGUGUCGUUGCCGGUGGCGCUUGGGUUUACUCAACCACAGCAGCUGCCUCUGUCCGAUCGGCAGUGCGUCGUCUCCGUGAAACCAAGGAACAAUAGACAUUUUGGCUAAUGUUCGUUAGGUUAAUGUUUUUAAUAAAUUAAAAUGGAAACAAACA